AAAUUUACUCAGCUUUCCAUAAAUAACUAGUAUUACUACAACCGACGACUACAUUCUUCACAGAUCAACGUCAUCGCACCGACAGCCACGAUCGCCGCCUGAAUUCCGGAGAGCUAAUAUGGGUACAGAUAGCGGCGAUUGGCGUUCAAAUCUGGAAUACAACAAAUGGGUUGCUCUCCCUGUAGCUGGGAAACGACCGUCCGCUCGAUAUAAGCAUGCUGCAGUUGUCGUUGAUGAAAAGCUAUACAUUGUUGGUGGAAGUCGUAACGGGAGAUAUUUAUCUGAUGUUCAGGCAUUUGACCUGAAGACUUUAAGCUGGUCCACACUUGAAUUAAGCACAAGUUCAGCUUCUGAACAUGUUAAAGAUAGUACACUUAAGGAAAGUUUCCCUGCAAUAUCUGGUCAUAGUAUGGUUAAGUGGUGGAACAAGCUCCUCUUGCUUGGUGGUCAUAUUUCAAACGAUGCCUCUGAAAAUGUGACAGUGCGUUUCAUUGAUCUUGAAUCACACUUGUAUGGGGUGAUGGAAGCCACUGGAACAGUUCCGGUAGCUCGUAGUGGACAAUCUGUUUCGGUGGUUGGUUCGAAGCUCAUAAUGUUUGGUGGAGAGGAUAAACAUAGAAAACUUCUGAAUGAUGUUCACAUUCUUGAUCUGGAGACAAUGAACUGGAGUAUUCCUGAGACUAUACAGAUUCCUCCAGCUCCGAGGUUUGAUCAUAUUGCUACCGUGCAUGCAGACCGCUACCUUCAAAUAUUUUGUGGCUGUACCCAUUCCAAUUUCUUCAAUGAUCUCCACGUGCUGGAUUUGGAGACAUUAGAAUGGUCCCAGCCACAGAUUCCUGAUGAUUUGGUGUCUCCUAGGGCAGGCCAUGCUGGGGUCACUAUUGAUGAAAAGUGGUUUAUAGUUGGUGGUGGCGAUAAUAAAAAUGGUGCCUCUGAGACAUUGGUGAUGGAUAUGCCCAAGCUUGUUAUCUCUAUUUUGACAAAUGUAACAGGAAGAGAUCCACUCGCCAGUGAGGGGCUAACUGUAUCUUCAGCAUUAGUCGAUGGUGCACAUAUUUUGGUUGUUUUUGGGGGCUAUAAUGGGAAAUACAACAAUGAGGUAUUUGUGAUGAGACCUACUCCAAAGGAUUAUAUACAUCCAAAGAUUUUUCAGUCACCUGCUGCUGCAGCUGCUGCAGCUUCUGUAACUACAGCAUAUGCCCUAGGCAAAUCUGAAAGCUUAGAGUUCACAACUUUCGAUUUAAAACCUAAAGUCGAUCUUUCAGUUGAAAUUAAUGUGAUCAAAGAAGAGAAAGAAACAUUGAAUUUAUCCAUUGAAGAGAUUAAAGCAGUAAAUGUGGUGCUGAAGGAAAAGCUCGAGGAACUUAAUGGUACUCAUGUCGACUUAUCCAAGGAACUGCGUUCUGUUCAAGGCCAACUGACUUCCGAGAGAUUAAGAUGUGAUGAUCUGGAGGCCCAGAUCUUAGAUCUACGAAAAAAGCUAUCAUCAAUGCAAUCCAUUGAGCAAGAGGUUCAAGCACUUCGCUCCCAAAAGUCAACAAUGGAGCAGGAUGUGGAAGAUGCCGAAACAAUCCAACGGGAAGGUUCAGGUGGAAUUUGGAGGUGGAUAGCCGGAUAGAUUGGUGAUAUGUAUAGUAUCAAUCUUGCAAAUUUAUUAUCCAAGACAAAAUUUCAUUCAUUCUAAGUCAAAUAGUCCAAUACACAGUGUUCUUCAAUUGCUUCCAACUACAAGACUAACAUCUCCAUUUUGUAACCAUUUAAUGGUGAUUUUACUAUUUAAGUUUGAUAUCUCAUUAUUUUUUGGGCUCAA